AAACAUUGAGUUGACCAAAGCUAAGGACAAGCCAACAUGGGUAGUGGGAGCAGUAGCACCAGUGUCGUACAGGCCGGGACGUUACCUGCCAACUCUACUUUCACCAUGCCCCACUCAAAAGCUCAGGAUAUGGGCACUGCCUUCAUUCAGACCCAGCAGCUCAAUGCUGCCAUGGCCGACACGUUCCUGGAGCACAUGUGCCUGUUGGACAUUGACUCUGAACCCACCACUGCCCGCAACACUGGCAUCAUCUGCACCAUCGGGCCAGCCUCCCGAGCGGUUGACACGCUGAAGGAGAUGAUCAAGUCUGGAAUGAACAUCGCUCGCUUGAACUUCUCCCACGGUUCACAUGAGUACCAUGGUGAGACCAUAAAGAAUGUCCGUGAGGCAUGUGAGAGCUUUGAGCCGGGCAGCAUUCACUACCGUCCUAUUGGCAUCGCUCUGGACACCAAGGGCCCAGAAAUUAGAACCGGACUCAUCAAGGGGAGUGGCACUGCUGAGGUGGAGCUGAAGAAGGGCAACAAGAUCAAGUUGACCCUGGAUGAUUCUUACAUGGAGAACUGUGAUGAGGACGUCCUGUGGCUGGACUAUAAGAACAUUACUAAAGUGGUGGAGGUGGGCAGCAAGGUCUAUAUUGAUGAUGGACUCAUCUCUCUCCAAGUCCAAGAAAUUGGCUCUGACUACCUGCUGUGUGAGAUUGAGAAUGGGGGUUCUCUGGGCAGCAAGAAGGGUGUAAAUUUGCCUGGAGCAGCUGUGGAUCUGCCCGCUGUGUCUGAGAAGGACAUCAAGGAUCUGCAGUUUGGAGUAGACAUGGGAGUGGACAUGGUCUUUGCUUCAUUCAUCCGCAAAGCAGAUGACGUUCAUGAGGUCAGGAAGGUGCUGGGAGAAAAGGGCAAGAAUAUCAAAAUCAUCAGCAAGCUGGAGAAUCAUGAGGGAGUCCGUAGGUUUGAUGAGAUCUUGGAGGCCAGUGAUGGCAUCAUGGUUGCCCGUGGAGACCUGGGUAUCGAGAUCCCCACAGAGAAGGUCUUCCUCGCUCAGAAGAUGAUGAUUGGACGCUGCAAUAGAGCUGGCAAGCCAGUCACGUGUGCAACACAGAUGUUGGAGAGCAUGAUUAAGAAGCCGCGGCCCACACGUGCAGAAGGCAGCGACGUAGCUAAUGCAGUUUUGGAUGGGGCUGACUGCAUCAUGCUAAGUGGAGAGACAGCAAAGGGUGACUACCCUCUAGAGGCAGUGCGCACACAGCACAUGAUUGCCAGAGAGGCAGAGGCAGCCAUGUUCCAUCGACAGCUGUUUGAGGGGCUGAGGCGUGCUUCUAAGCUAACCCACGACCCAUCUGAGGCUGUGGCAAUCGGCGCCGUUGAGGCCUCCUUCAAGUGCUGUGCCAGCGCUCUAAUCAUUCUCACCAAGACGGGAAGGUCUGCACACUUGCUCUCUCGGUACCGCCCCCGUGCACCUAUCAUUGCGGUGACCCGUAAUGGACAGACAGCCCGCCAGGCCCACCUGUACCGUGGCAUUUUCCCUGUGUUCUACAACAAACCUGCUCAUGAUGUGUGGGCAGAGGAUGUUGACCUCCGAGUCAACUUUGCCAUGGAAGUUGGCAAGGCCCGAGGCUUCUUCAAGAGUGGUGACGUAGUGAUCGUGCUGACCGGCUGGCGUCCAGGCUCUGGGUUCACCAACACCAUGCGCGUGGUUCCAGUGCCCUAGACAUCCUGGGCAUGCCAUUCCACUCCUUAAUCCAUCCACCUAUCCUUCCCUAUGUCCUUCUAUUUCUCUUUCCCCAUGCAGGCAGGUCGAGCAGACUGACACUCCAGCAUCAGUUAGGUUUCUACUGCAAAAGGGCCAGUUUUGGCGACAGUUUCUUUCAACACAAAAGUUCUCAUUUUGGGUUAAUUGUACUUGUUUAGUUGCAUUGUCCUUUUUUUUUUUUUUUUCUGGCACGUUAAGUCUUUUAUUAAUGUUUUGCUCACAAAUGGCCAUGUACAUCACUCCUUACGCAAGUCAGGCAGUAGAGCUUCGAGUCUGGGCUGUCUUUCUGCAUAUCUGGUUUAGUAUGCAGGGUAAGGGAGCUGUACGACAGAGCUACUGUCCUUGUCCUGCAAUCGAUAUUGUCCUCCUAGAACACUCCAGUGGCCAUAGAACAAACAGUGGCUCCUCUUACACCUCUUGCUCCUUCAGUUUCCUUCACCAUGACUGAAUACAGAGGGACCCAUUUGUAACCUUAGCUGUGUCUCUGUGUGCUUUUAUUACUGUGUGCUCUUUCUGCACUGUGCUAGUGUUUUGCACUCCUACUGUAGAAAAUGUUACAUCCUGUAUUAUACUUGACUUUUUAGUUGUGAAAUGUUAAGAUUUGGGGGCAACCAAUGCCACAGUAUAUAACACAUAUAUUUUUCCUAACCUAAGAGAAUAUAAAUGUUGGAUGCCCAUGUUAGCUCUAUUCUGCUAAUUUGUGUUUUGAGAGUAGUUGAAAGCCCUUUGAAGUUUUAUUUAGCAUUUGGGUCAGUUUUUGAUGGCAAUAAAGAGAUGACCAUCACAGAGUUGGUCAAAGAAAGAACUGCUUAUGUCUGAAAGAAUGGAGAGAGAUGAAUGAUGUAUGGUCCACCAAAUUCCUCCUUCCUUUUUCUCUCUCUCUCCUUCUGUUCCUGUCCUCUUGUGCUCAGUUUCGCUUGUCUGUCAGCUCCAGUGUAAGUCGAGUGUGUGUGUGUGUGUGUGUGUGUAGCCUUAUAUCCACCUGCUACUCUGAUUGUGACGCUAGGGUUUAAAGAUGCUGAGAAAGUGUAUCAAACUUGUUGUAUUGUUCAAGACCAGAUCAGUCUAUUAAAGAGAAGAGCACUUAUCACA